CCACGUCAGUGAAUUUAAACUAAUGUUUGCAUUCAGUGUAUAAGGUGUGUGUUUAGGAGUGCACCUUAGCACCUGUAGACUCCACUGUUUUAGUCAUUGUCAGACAGUGUUUGAUAACUAAAAUCUCUCUCUCUCUCUCUCUCUCUAGUAUCAGCCAGAGGAGGAUGUCCACCAGGAGAGUCAGGAGCAAAGUCAGCAAACAUCAACACAGCCAACCUUAAGAGAAGCUCUUCAAAGGCACAGAAAAUAUGACAAAAACUCAAACAAAGCAAGGAAACUGGAUAGGGCAGUUGCUGAAUGCAUAUGCAUGGAUCAAGUUAGAAAAAGCAUGGAUUCCAGCAAAUGCUUCAGCAGUUCAACCCCAUAUACCAGCUACCAAGCAGAAAUUACUUCAUGUAUACAGAGAUCCCCAAACUACUCACUGAAACAAGAGACCACAUUUCAGAACAUCUCAAAGAAAAACCAUUUUAUGCCUACAUAGUUAUUAUAUAUCUAUUUUGUAAUUGCUUUUUUUAUUAUGUGACUGUUGCCACUAUUGUUUUUAAUAAUGUUCAAAUGUUUAAAUAAAGGAAUUAAUGUUUAAGUAUUAUUUAUUUAUUUAUUUUUACACACCAUGGUAUCGACUUUGGUAUUGAGUAUCGUGUACUUUAGCUGGUAUCGGUACCGACUACUAGAUUUUUGGUAUCGUGACAUCCCUAGUACUAAACAUAUGUCAGGUUAAAUAAUUAUAAAAUAUUAUAAAUAAUAAUGCUAUAAAAUCGAUUAUUGUUAUUUCAGUGUUGACACACAUCAACACAGAGAGAGCGCGCGAGUGUGUCUCACACGCACACACGGUCUUUUUCCGUACAACACAAACAGUGGCAAAGACACCAGAGAGCCAGCAGUUUUUUGUUUAAAUGUCAUGUGUCGCGACGGGCAGAGAGCCGGCGCACACAAGAAGGAAAUCGCUCCUUCUCCAACUGCCGCACCGGCACGACGUGGGCAGCUUUGUGCCGAACAUUCCGCCAGCCGGAAGGACGGGGCCAGCGGGGCGGGACUGACGCGACACCGGCCAGCGAUUGGCGGACCCAACGGAGAAAUUCCACCACUCAGGCGACGGCGGAGGAGGAUAAAAGGGCGCGCUUCCGGCCGUACGAGAGAAGAGAAUACCGUAGCGACAAGACGGACUCCGUGCAAGCGCGGAUGAGAUCGCCGGGUGGUGAGAGUCCCACCUACGGAGGACGCCGGCCCGGGAAAACCCUCGCCCCCGUCUCGGGAAUCCCGCCUCCGCCACGAGUAGGCUACACCGGCAGUCACGCCUCCACAAGCCCCGCACUCAUCCCCUCACAACCCACUCACUUCACCCUUGCACCAAUAAACCACCGUUCGUGAACGUUCUUCUGCCUCCUGUGGGUCUGUACGCCGCCCUUCCCCGGGCUAAUUCCUCACACUGGUGGAGGAUGCGGGCAUAGUACAGACUCGCCUACCACAAAAAAAAAAAAAAAAAAAAAAAAAAAAAAAAAAAACGAGAGAGAGGGAACCCCCCCCCACAAAAUGGACCACACCCUGCGACACCUCCUGGAGACAAGCCUCCAGCAGCACGCUGUGACGCAGCAGCUCGCCGAGAGCCUUCAGGUCGCCACACAGACACUGAUCGCCAUGAGGACUGAGACCCCCGCCGCCUCCGUGCCUCUCCCCGACGCAAGCAGCGAGACCCGCCGCCUACUACCCCCCCUCGGCCCCGAAGAGGACCUCGAGGCGUACUUCGAAGCCUUCGAGAGUAUCGCCCGCCGGGAGGGGUGGGACCGUGACGACUGGCCACGCGCCCUUGGUCCACUGCUCACGGGAGAGGCCCGAACAACCUACUAUGUCCUCGAGCCGGAGGAGGCCGCGGACUACCUGGCGAUGAAGGAGGGAGUCCUGGCAUGGUGUGGCCGAACCCCUGGCAAGGCUGCUACUGAAUUCCAUCGCUGCGUUUAUCGACCAGGGGCCCGACCACGUUGCCAGAUGAACGCCCUCAUCCGGACCACCAAACGAUGGCUCCGGCUGGAUCGGCAUACCGCCUCGGAGGUGGCGGAGAAAGUGGCGGUCGACCGUUUCCUGAGGGCGUUGCCCCGGGCAGAGAGACAGGCCGUGGGGGCACACGCCCCAGGAACUCCUAACUGUCCUGGAGCGAACCUUGGCCACCCUGGAGCUCGACCCCGGGGAGCAGCAGCACCUCGAUCGGCCCCUCGGUGCCCCGGGUCCCCGGUCCGACCGCUAGACCCGGCCCCGCACCUGGAGGAACCCCCAGAGGGCGCCCACUUGUGAACACCCCCGAGACGAGCCCAUGCCUACAGAGCCGGAGAGGGAAGCCGCCCGGCUGCUUACAAAACCAUGGCUGGCAGGCUGCGCCCUCCAUCAGCAGC